AUGGCUUCACUCCUCUCAAUCCCAGUCGAGCUUAGAGAGUUUAUCUAUGAACAUCUCUUCAGGUCAUACACAGUCAAACAUGGCUUCGGCAUCUCCUCAUCUUCUAAUCGGACGGCUAUCCUCCAGACUUGUCGGCAGAUUCAUUGCGAAGCAUGGCGGCACCUCCCUUUAAACAUUUCCUUCCAUUUUCGCGGCACAGAGGCGAUGCUGGAUACACUGCUGAGUGUCGAUCAAUCCGUUGUGACACGUCUACGUCACAUCCGCGUCAAGGCAUUCCCUUUCCCAUUAUACGAGACGGAACGGGCAGAGUACUACACGACGUACUACUUCCACAAUGCACUAUCGCUCCUUCCCGGGCUGCAUCUCGAUCACCUCAUUGUGGAAGACAGUUUCCAUGGCUUUGGCCUUGUCGACGGGUGGAGAGAUGUGGUGACCUACUUCGAUAUUGAAAGUUUGCUCAAGAGCGACGCAUGGAAGGAACUCGUGUACAUCACGCCAAAUACCGAUUUCAUCGCAUCCGGAUACGACCACCGACGGAAGAGAGUUGCGCAACCCGAAAACUGGGAUGCUCUGCUCAAAGAGAGGGACGGAAAGGAGUCCGGCGCUGAGGUGCAGAUGUGGAUUAUGCCACAGUCUAACAGCUCUGACGGGUCCGCACAACAGCGUGCUGAGCCGCAGCAAUGGUCAGCGAGGCCUGGGCACGAAGUAGUCGAGAAUUGGCGACUUGCCACGCCAGAGCAGGACCUAAUCGGCGAGGUCCAAAUUAUCGCUCGUAGGGGAAAGAGAGCGAGAUACGUGCAGCUCGGUCUGUCUGAAAAGAAGACUUGGGCGGAGUUGAAAGGUAAACCACGAGCAUUUACCAGGGAAGAUUGGACACCAUAUUAUAAUGACAUGGCGGAUGCUGUGGGAUGGGUCUACGGCGGCUGGGGUCGCAGAAUGCAGCUCGCACAUAUGGCUCUCGAUCAUGCGUGA